AUGGACCUCCAACUGCUGACGUCGUCGCGCUCUCUGCUCAACACCACCCUCGUCGAUAUGCUCGUCGACAUGGUGGCCCCGUCGCUGCUGUACGGCCUUCUCGCCGCUGCCUCCAUGGUCAACGCCGCCUCGCCCAAGAAGCAGAUCAGGUACGAGGUCGUCUCGGGCAUCUUCCAGCAAGACGACAGCGCCACCGACCCCAGCACGUUCGACUUCAUCCACUCCAACUUCGGCCUCAUCAACCGCACCUACCCCAGUGACCCCAAGACCCCGGACAGCAAGUAUGCGACCCAGUGGCAGCGGCUCAACAAGUACAUCAAGGACCUGAACAAGGAGAAGAAGACGCGCUACUCCCUGCUGUUCCUUGGCCGCCACGGCGAGGGCUUCCACAACGCCGCCGAGUCCUACUUCGGCACCCCCGCCUGGAACUGCUACUGGUCCGAGCUGGACGGCAACGGCACCGUCACCUGGGCAGAUGCAAAGCUCACCCACGCAGGCAUCAAGCAAGCCCAAGACGUCAACACCUUCUGGAAGCACCUGAUCGCCGACGAGAAGAUCACGCCCCCGGAGUCGUACUACACCAGCCCGCUGUACCGCUGCCUCGACACGGCAAAACUCACCUUUGCCAGCCUGACCCUGCCCAACAAGUCCCCCUUUGUCCCUACCGUCAAAGAGCGCCUCCGCGAGGGCAUCAGCGCACACACGUGCGACCGCCGCAGCACAAAGUCCUACAUCCACCAGAACUUCCCCAGCUACAGGUUCGAGAAGAACUUCGCCGAAGCCGACCCCUACUGGACCGAGCUCAUGGCUGAGCCGCAAGCCGACCAGGACAUCCGCUCCAAGCAGGUCCUGGACGACAUCUUCACCAGCGACGACAGCACCUACAUCUCCAUCACGUCGCACUCGGGCGAGAUUGGCAGUCUGUUGCGCGUCCUCGGCCACCGCGUCUUCAGACUCGCAACCGGCGCCGCGAUCCCCGUGCUCGUCAAGCAAACCACCAGCACGGCUGAUGCGCCCGCUACUACCCCCGUGCCGUGGAAUGCACAGCCCACGUGCACCGCGCCGCCGACUAUUCGCGAUGCUAGCUGCAAUGACUGCUCGUGCUGCCUCUAG